AUGCAGAGCACCCACGAGAUUCGCCGUCGCGCCUCCGUGGUCGAGCGUCCGCCGGCGGACUCCUCGGCCACCACGACAACCACCGCCUUUACUCCCCAACCUGCCAUUGCCCCGAGGCCUUGCCAUUUCAAGUCCUCGGAAGCUCAGAUCGAAACUCUUGUGGGGGAAAUGGAGAUCCCCGAGGCAAUGACGCCUCCUCCUCCGCCGACGCCGUCGACCCAGGACCGUUUCUCGCGCGCGUCACGUUCGACGUCUAAUGCGUCGCGAAACACCAACCGCCUUUCCCUGACCCUUCCCAUUGCACCGCCUACCAGCGAUCCUUCCCGACCCUCUUCAGUCGCGACGCCAUCCUACCCUCCCACACCCGUCGACACCUCGGCACUCGCAUCUCCCUCAGACCCCAAUGACUUCAUCAUCGCGAUAGCAGCGCAAGAACGACGAGUACUGGAGAUCCGCGAGGAAUUGGCCCGUGCCGAGGCCGAGCUCACGAGACUCAAGCAGCGAUGGACAGCCCAGGGGACUCAGAGGAAGAGAGAAAUACGCCAUGAGCCCAUGCGUCCUCCGAUACCGCAGUUUGAGCCAUCUCUGCUGGAUGACGAUGAGGCAGCAUCAAAACGAAGCGUCGAGCUGGACAGGAGGAAAACGCUUCUGAGAGACUUGCAGGGACAGACAGGGCCCAGGGAAUAUCGACGAAGGGUCCUCCGCGGCGGGCACACAAGGACGCUAUCGCUGUUAUCCCCGACCAAGCCAGAAGGCUUUGCUGUGCACGAAGACACUGCAAGCCUGAAGUCGCCAGUCCUCCGGUCUCCACCAAUGCUUGCGAGCGCCGCGUUGUCAAAGAGAGCGUCAUGGCAGCCAAGGUCGUACAACACGGCUGCUUCCCCCGCUGUAAAGCAGGUGGCCCAGGACUUCAAGCUAAGUCUUUGGAGCUUCAUGGAAGACAUAAGACAAGCGACUGUUGGUGACGAGCCAAUCCACGGGGUUCCUGUACGACCGGGCUCAACGGACCUCCAUGGCCGCAGGGAGAGGCCGUACCUCGGAGAACAGGACACCAUCAAGCCCAACAGCUCUUCUCGACCUAGAGUUCCGUUGAAUUCAGCCUUCGAUCUGGCAUCUAUCGACACGCCGAGCAAGCCGUCGAAGCCGCUCCAGGAACGACCGAACCUAAAGCCCGCGACCAAGUCUACGACGACGAAGGCUAAGCACUUUUCGUGGACGCCGCUGACUUUCGACUCGUUCGAUGAUAACGACUGGUCCAACUGGGAAUCGCCUCAGGUAUCAUCGGCCAAGUCAGCGCGCUGGAGCGGUUCGACGAUGGGAGGGUCUGAGGAAAUAGUGUCAAUGUCCGACAACAACGAGAAUGCGACUUCACUCAAAAAGAAGUCAUCCAUCACCUUGGACACUUCAGUCAGAUCCGAUUCGCUUUUCGAUUCGGCCGUGCUGUCGCCGAGUCGGUUGGAGGAGCUUCUCCCCACUGUCGUCCACAAACUUUCCCCUGGUAACCUCAAGCGGACUGCCAACAACCUCAUGGAUGAGUGGGAGAAGAGCCUCAAGGAGAACGACGAAGAGGAGCAGCUCAUCGACUUCAAUGAGACCACGGCUUGA